GAAUGGUUCAUGCUCUUGUGAGCAGGUGCAGAUCCUAAGUCCUCCUGUGCCCUUUACACUUUAGACACGGAUCCAGCAACGAUGAUCACGGUGUUCUUCACAGCCCUCCCCGGGCUGCUGCUUCUACCCCUGCUCAUAAGCUUCAUCUUCCCAUAUAUCUUUCAGGACAUUGCCCACCUCAUCACUGUGGUGCGCUUUGGCAUCAGAAGCAAAAAGCAGGUGACGAAGACCCCGGCGCACACAGUGGUGGACAUCUUCUUGGAGCAGGUAGAAAAGUCUCCGGACAAGCCCUUCGUCAUCUACCAGGAGGAGGUGUACACUUACUCCGAGAUAGACCGGCUCAGCAACCAGGCAGCCCGGGCUCUGCGCAAGCAUGCUGGGGUCAAGUCUGGGGACUGUGUGGCCAUAUACAUGAGCAAUGCCCCCGCUUACAUUUGGAUCUGGAUCGGGGUGGCAAAGUUGGGCUGUGCACUGUCCUGCCUCAAUAAUAACAUCAGGUCCCAUUCAUUCCUGCACUGCUUCAGGAGCAGCGGAGCCAAGAUCCUCCUAGUGGAGCCAGAGCUCAAGGAUGCCAUAGAUGAAGUCAUGCCCGAGCUCAGGAAAGAAAAUGUCAGAGUUUUCUACAUAACUGAAACACCCGUCAGUGAAGAUACAGAAACAUUCCUUGACAAAGUCAAAGCAGCUUCUUGUGACUCUGUUCCAAAAUCCUUGAGGUCAUUUGUUGGGGGAAAAACAUUGGCCAUGUAUAUUUACACAUCUGGAACCACAGGACUUCCAAAAGCAGCUAUUAUAAAUCAUCAACGAAUCAGUGCGGCUAGCGGCAUGUUUGAAUUUUGCCAUGUCCGACCUAGAGACAUUGUGUACAUUACCCUCCCACUGUACCACAGCUCUGCUAUGUUGAUUGGAGUCCACGGUUCUAUUCUUAAAGGUGCCACUAUAGUCUUGCGCAAGAAGUUUUCAGCCAGCCAGUUUUGGGAUGACUGUAGAAAAUACAAUGUGACUGUUGUGCAGUACAUUGGGGAAGUGCUGAGAUACCUCUGUAACGUCCCUAAGUCAGAUGACGAUGCGUCACAUAAUGUCAGGAUGGCUAUUGGGAAUGGCCUGCGGACUGAUGUCUGGAGUGAGUUUCUGAGAAGAUUCGGCGACAUUCAAAUGUAUGAGUUUUAUGCUGCUACUGAAGGAAAUGUUUUCUUCUUGAAUUACACUAACACAGUUGGCGCAGUAGGAAGAGCAACUUCCUUACACAAAAUAUUUAUGCCUUAUGCAUUCAUCAAAUAUGACAUUGAAAAGGAUGAGCCUGUGAAAGAUGCCAAGGAACGCUGUAUUAAAGCAAAGAAAGGUCAGCCUGGACUUCUUAUCAGCAAGAUCACACCACUUUCUCCAUUUGGAGGCUAUGCUGGAGACAAAUCUCACACAGAAAAGAAAAUCUUGAGGGAUGUGUUCCGGAAAGGAGACAUGUAUUUUAACACUGGGGAUAUUUUAAUGGUUGAUGAGCAAAACUUUGUUUAUUUCCAUGACAGAGUAGGAGACACUUUCAGGUGGAAAGGAGAAAACGUCGCUACUACAGAGGUCGCUGAUAUUUUAGGUCUUAUCACUUUCAUUGAAGAAGUGAAUGUUUUUGGAGUACCUGUCCCAAAUCAUGAAGGCAGAAUAGGAAUGGCCACUCUUAAAUUGAGAGAGUAUGAAACGUUUGAUGGUAGAAAGUUGUACGCUCAUGUCCGAGACUUUCUCCCGAAUUAUGCACGACCGCGCUUCAUUCGUGUUCAGAAAGAGCUAGAGAUCACAGGAACCUUCAAACAGCGCAAAGUGGAGCUUGUCAAAGAAGGCUUCGAUCCGGCUACCAUUACCGACCCCCUUUACUUUCUGGACGAGAGAGAAAAGAAAUACGUCCCCAUGACCCAGACUAUAUAUGAAGAUAUAAAAAAUAAAAGACUCAAAAUGUGAGACUACGAAUAACGGGACAGCUUUGGUUUCUCUGAAUUCAUCAUACCCUGGAUGUUAACACUGUGACUAGAUUAUUUUCUAUAAAAAGAGAUUGGUAAUAUGUAAUAAGUAUAUGUUUGUACUUUCUUAGGAGGGUUACUUAGUAACAACAUCAAUUCCAUCAGGAUGAUAUUUAGUGCCCCAUUGGGGCCAAUUUGUACGUGGUGACCCUCUGAACGGGUUACAAAAAUAAACAACAUGAGCGGCUUGUGUUGUAAUACAGCUGCAAUACCCAGCACUGCUCAUUUAGAGCAAUCUUUGUAAGACAUUACAAGAUAUGAAACUGCUUGCCCUUUAAAAGGAAAACUAGAGAGACAGACACAGCAGGACAUGAUGGACUACAGUUACCAAAUAGACUUAUGCAGGAAAGACGUUAUGAAAAUACUGUAAACAGACAUUUGCCAUAAUUGCAGGAUAGUAGCCCUUGACCCCAUCUUGAAGCUGUGAUAAAUAAUUAGAUAUGUCUGAUAUAUUAGACGAGUAAUCAAAAUCCCUUACAAAGUGAUAGCACUGGCAAUAAACCAUGAAACUGGUACACUUGCUGCCUACUGCUCAGAUACGGUGGUGCUCAAGAUGAUGGAAAGUCUCUUUGUAAAACCCACUGCCAGCUCAAUCACGCAUUACAACUCAGAAGGUCGUUUUAGGUGCUAAGGCAGGUAUAUGGGGGUCAUUUACUAAGCUGAAAUAUGCCUAAAUUAGGAGUAUUUCAGGCGCAGAUGGUGGCACAAUGGACAAUGGUUAGUUGCGCCGCUAUCUGGGACUUCGCUCUGCUCACGCCAGUUCUAAAAUUGUGGGUGUAGAAAAAGGUCUAAAUGUAAGAGAGCUAGGAAGCUGUCUUACAUUUAGAACUGGCACUGGAUGCACCGAAGUUAUAUAGAGGCCUGCGCCUCUUCGUAACUUAAGCAGAUCUCCGCCAGUUUAGGGGUUUAUCUAAAAUGUCGAUCUUAAUAAAUGGGCCCCAUGGAGUUCAGUAACCACACCAGGGAUUACCACUAGUUGGUACUUGCUUGAUAAUGUAUGCUCCUCAGGAUGGUGUCACAUACUGUUUCUUUUCUGGCAUUCUUUAGGGGUUUUGUGGUUUUUGGUGCUAGCAUUUUUUUUUACUUAAAAAUGCCAGUUCCAGAUGUUGCAUGGAAGUCUAUAGGAAAUAUUAAAUGCAGGACAAACAGGCAUCGUUUGUGUAGUGGUGUACGUUUUUUGUGUCAAUGACUGCUGUUUUUUCCCCACAGAUCUCCAUUGCUUUUUUCUUUUGUAGCUCCAAAAAUGCCUAUGCAAUGAUGGUUGGCAUGUUUAAUGGUGUUUUUGCAUGGCAGACACGUGGUGGCAGAAUCCAUGACUGGUGAGAACACCGAUCAUAGUCUUUUAAUGCCUCAGAUAUCAUGGUCAAUUGCAACCACGGCAUCUGAGAGCUCUUUUCCCAGGAGUUCUGCGCUUCCAGGGACCAAUCAGAUCAUCCGCGUUAAGAGGCCUGUCAUAGCGAAGUUCCUAUCAAGCCUUGUGGCAGGGCUUGAUAGGAGCACAAUAAAUCUCCCAUAGGCUGCAAUGCUAAAUAAUUGCAGUCUAUGAGAGAAGCAAUCAGAUGAUCACAUUUUCUAGCCCGCCAGAGAAAAGUGUAUAGAAUAAAAUAAAGAGAUAAAAAUUCAAAUCAAUACAAACAAAAAAAUAUAAAGAUCAUUGGUAUUGCCGCAUCAUAAAAUGCCCAUACUAUUAAAAUCUACGGUGAACGUUAUACCGGAAAGAAAUCAAAUGGCUGAUUCGCCUUUUUAUGCUGCUUCACCUCCACAAAAAUGGAAUAUAAAGUGAUCAAAAAGUCAUACACAUCCCCAAAUAAUGAAAAAUACAGAUCCUACAAAAAAUGAGCCCUUACACAGGUCUGUGGAUGUAAAUGUAAAAAGGUUAUGGCGAUGCAAAUAAAUAAAAAAUUACUUUAUGCAAAGGUCCAAGUUUUCCAAUUCCCCCCCCCAUUUGGAUUUUUUUUUCCAGUUUCCCACUACAUUGUAUGCAAUAUUAAUAUUUGAAAUUACAACUUAUCCCACAAAAAAACAAACCCUCAUACAUGUAUGUAAACGAAAAAAUAGAGCUAUGGCUCUAAGAAGGCAGGGAGUACAAAAAAAAAGAAAA